AUGCAUCAUCAAUUUGCCAAAGUUAUAUUACGUCCCGAAUUCGGUAUUGAUGGCCGCGAAUUACCCAAUCGAGGAUUGUUAACUUGGUCAACCCGUCUUGUCCUGCAUUUCAAGAAAAUCGGUUUACGGCAUGACGACGUCAUCGCUAUUGUGGCAAAGCACAGCACCUAUACAAGCUCGGUGGCGGUUGGCUGCUUUAUGAAUUGUACACCCUUCCAUGCUGUGAAUUCGGUUUUGGACCAAGAUACAAUUCAUCAGAUCUUCAAAGUCACAGCACCGAAAAUAAUAUUUUACCACGGCGAAGUUUACGAGAAAAUUCACGAAGCCACUCAACCUCUGAAACCAUUAUUCUAUACGUUGACCAAACAUAUCAAUGGUGUAGGCAGAGUUGAAGACUUAUUAGAUCCCAUACCAAAUGAAGAAUUUUAUAAACCUGAGCUCUUGGUAUUGGGUGGUGAGCAGACAGUAGCGAUAGCUUGUUCGUCGGGCACAACGGGUAUGCCCAAGUGUGUAUGCAUACCGAAAAUGUUUCUUGAAAAUGGAUUAUACAUUCACGAACAACUGCUUGGACUGGUAUACUGGGUUGUUCUUAACUUUCCUCUCUGCGAGUACAAGUUGCAAGCGUUGAAGAAGUACAAAAUUUCUUUAAUAUUUGCUGCGCCACGCCAUGUCUCGGCUUUGAUAACCUGCCCAGCAGCCACUACAGAUAACUUGAGUUCUAUUCGCUCUUUCAUGGUUGGUGGCGGUUUCAUUGGUCGAUCGACUUUAAAACAACUGAAAGGUUUACUUAAGAAUGAAGAGGUGAUCAACGAAUUGCCUGAAGUGUCAGAUGUUUGUGUGGUGGGUGUGUAUGACGAGAAACACGGGGAUGCGGCUGGUGCAGUAGUGGUGCUUCGCCAAGGUGCCGAGCUCACGGAGGAGCAGAUGAAGAAUCAUACCAGAACCCGUUUACCAUUGGAUCAUAAGCAACUGCAUGCUGGUGUGAUUUUCGUCGAUCGGCUGCCCCAGAAUGCUAAUGGCAAGACAUUAAAAAGGGAUGCGCAGGCCUUAUUUGAGAAUAAGUGAAAGAGAAAAUAGUAUGUAAGGGAAUAAGUACAAUAUUAGUGAGUUUUUAAUUAAUUCAUAACCAAUUACGCGAUAUACGAAAGCCAAGUCGCAUAAAAGCUACUUUUCUCAUUUCCAUUUUUCUACUGCAUUUGUUUUUUCGUCAAAAUUGUUAAAGAAACAUAUCAUGUAUAAUUUUUUGCUUUGAAAAUAAAAAUAUAAAAUAGA